UUCAAAAUGGCUCCAAAAUACAAAAGUUAUGAGUUCUGGAAACACGUUCUUCAGUCGCCUAAAUAUAUAGUGGCUCCAAUGGUUGAUCAGUCUGAACUGCCAUGGCGACUGCUGAGCCGGAGAUAUGGCGCACAGCUGUGUUACACACCAAUGAUUCACGCUGGUCUAUUUGUGAAAGACGCGUUUUACAGAAGGGAAUCUUUUCAGACUUGUGAGGAAGACAGACCUUUAAUUGUUCAGUUUUGUGCGAAUGAUCCAGAAAUUUUCCUUCAAGCUGCGAAGCUAGUAGAACCUUACUGUGAUGGGGUUGACCUGAACCUUGGCUGUCCACAAAUAAUAGCAAGAAGAGGUUGCUAUGGGGCAUUUUUACAAGAUAAAUGGGAAUUGAUAGCAUCCAUGGUGAGCCUACUCAAUGAGAAGCUUUCAAUCCCAAUAACUUGCAAAAUCCGUGUGUUUGAUGAUUUGGAUAAAACUUUAGAAUAUGCAAAAAUGUUAGAGAAAGCAGGCUGUCAGCUGCUAACAGUUCAUGGCCGCACAAGAGAACAGAAGGGACCUAAGACUGGUCUUGCCAACUGGGAUGUUAUUAAAGCAGUAAAAGAAACUGUUUCAAUCCCUGUGUUUGCCAAUGGAAAUAUGCGCUAUUUGCAAGACGUGGAGAAGUGCAUGGAGUGUACAGGGGUAGAUGGUGUAAUGACAGCAGAGGGUAAUCUCAGCAAUCCAGCACUCUAUAGUGGUGAACACCCCCCAGUUUGGGAUGUAACUGAUGAGUACCUUGCACUUGUGGAUAAACAUCCCUGUCUGUUGUCUUACAUCAGAGGUCAUCUUUUUAGGAUGUGGCGGAUCAUCUUGGAUAGAAACCAUGACAUGCGCGACAUUUUGGGAACAGCCAAGUCAAUUGAGGUCAUGAAGGAAGUUUGUCGGACGUUAAAAGAGAGGGUACAGAGAGACAUUGAAGAAAAUGGCGAACCAGAUUCCUCUGUGAUUCCCUAUUGGCGGUGUCAGCCUUAUAUCAGAUCUAAUACUUCAGUCAAACAAACACUGGACCAGGUGAAAGAAGAGGAGAGAAGCAAAGAGGUGGCAAAGUUGCGGGAGAUGAGAAAAGCGAUGAAGAAACAGAAAGUUAAAGCGCGAAGGGAACGAACGUGGGAUAUCUGUGUAAAGUGUGAAGUAAAUCCAAAGGGAUUGAAAUGUUUAUUCGAUUUGUGUCGGACCUGUUGUCGCAUCAAAGUAAUUGAAGGAGCCACGGACUGCCGAGGGCACCGAAAACGUUUAAAGGGACACGACGCUACCACCCUGAAAGAAGCUAUUAAUGACCUUCCUGAGAAAACCGAUUUUGAAACGGGAAGAGCACUGCAAACGGAGAUGAUGAGCUGACAUACGACUUAUUGAACUUGCAAAUAUACUCUCACGACAUGCUGGCAAACUGACGAUAGAGGUUUUUCAUUGCGAUAUAUUAUCGACGAGAAAUUUCUCUCAGUGACAACCGAGAGAGAUUGAUUACUAGAAAUCUCGAUCACUAGUAUGAAAUAUAUACAGUUCACAUACAUCUGUUUCACCAAUAUUGCUUGGAGAGGACAUUCGUGUCCAGACCAAAAGUGUUACAGGGGACUCUGAUCAACUAUAAUAGGGUUUCACAACUGGAAAUAUAUUGAAGUGUUUGCACGUAAGGAAAGAUAGCUGUGAUUUACAGAAAAUAACUUCAAAGACAUUCCCAUCACUCAGACUUCUUUUUACCCUGCACUUCACUCUUCUAUUACAGUUUUUGUGCCAAACGUUACUCAUCGAUGCCUUCUAUUUCGUAUGGCUACGCAUUUGCUGAUUUAAAAUUCUUGCUAUCUCCAGAGUCGUUUUGACAGUCUAGCAAAGGUUACUAGUAAAAACAAAAUUGGCGGAGCUCGUGAAUUCUCAGGAAAUCUCAUUUUUCUCUUGCACCACAUUCAGAAGAUGUGAUCGAAUUACUUUUCACCUGCAUUUUUAAAAUCAAGAAUGAUGAAUUGAUAAAGGUGUGCGGCAGAUUUGAUAAGUAAUCUACGCUCUUCUAGUAUCACGAUGUUACUUUUGUCAUUUAUUUUUAUUAGCCAAGAGAGAAUUAAAUUGUGGAUAAUCA